UAGGAAAUUAUAUCAUACAUUUGGUUUGUAACAAUCUUUUGUCAGCUGCAUGAAGAAGAAGGUGAGACAGAUUGUAGCAACAAAGCAGAGUGUAACCAAACAUGCCCUACCCUCAAACCCUAACCCUAUCUAUCUUCUCCACCCUUAACCUUACCCCUCACUUCACAACUUCCUCCAUGCGUUCUUCCUUCCGCUCUCUCACCUUCUCUCUUUCGCAUCACCUCACCCUCCCUUUCCUCUCCUCGCCGCGGCUUCUACAGUUGCGGCGUCUUGCCGUAACGGCACCGGAGCAAGAGGCUCUGCGGUCAGCAGAACUGGAGUCGAGGCGGCUGCGGGGCCCGGAAGUGGAGGUGGGGGAACUGAGCGCGGUGCCAGAGGAAUGGCGAAGGGCGAGAGUGGCGUGGCUGUGCAAGGAGCUGCCAGCGCACAAGGCAGGGAUGCUGGUUAAAAUACUGAACGCGCAGAGGAAGUGGAUGACGCAGGAAGAUGCCGCCUACAUCAUCGUCCACUGCUUGCGUAUUCGGGAGAACGAGACCGCCUUCAAGGUAUACAAGUGGAUGAUGCAACGAAAUUGGUAUCGGUUUGAUUUUGCUCUUGCUACCAAGCUAGCAGAUUAUUUGGGUAAAGAGCGAAAGUUUUCAAAGUGCCGUGAAGUAUUUGAUGAUAUUAUCAAUCAAGGCCGCGUUCCUAGUGAGUCAACAUUCCAUAUAUUAGUCGUUGCAUAUCUUAGUGCUCCUGUUCAAGGCUGUUUAGAUGAAGCAUGCGGCAUUUAUAAUCGUAUGAUUCAGUUGGGUGGUUACCAGCCCCGUCUUAGCUUACAUAAUUCCCUUUUCAAGGCUAUUGUAAGCAAUCCAGGGAUCUUGUCAAAGCAUUACCUUAAGCAAGCUGAGUAUAUAUUUCAUCAUAUGGUUACAACUAGACUUGAUGUGCAGAAAGAUAUUUAUGCGGGCCUUAUUUGGCUGCACAGCUAUCAGGAUUCCAUAGAUAAAGAAAGGAUAGCAGAAUUGAGGGAAGCAAUGCAAUGUGCUGGAUAUGAUGAGGAUAGAGAGGUGCUACUAUCAAUCUUGAGGAUAUGUGCAAGGGAAGGGGAGGUAGAGGAAGCUGAGAAAACUUGGGUCAAACUUCUUAAGUUUGAAAGUGAUCCCCCAGCUUUGGCUUUUGUGUAUAAAAUGGAAGCAUACUCAAAAGUUGGCAUGCCUAUGAAGUCAUUGGAAAUAUUUAGAGAAAUGCAGUCAAAACUCGGAAAAGCAGAUGUUGCGGCAUAUAAUCAAAUAAUAGAGAUAUUAUGCAAAGCACAAGAAUCAGAAUUGGCAGAGACGAUAAUGGCAGAUUUUGUCAAGAGUGGUCUGAAGCCCCUUACGCCAUCAUAUGUGCAUUUACUAAGCAUGUACUACAAUUUGGAGUUAUAUGAUAAAUUAGAAGAGGCAUUAUCCCAGUGCCUGGAAAAAUGUCGUCCUAACUGUGCUACAUACACUAUAUAUCUGGAUUAUUUGGUGAAAAUUGGUAAUAUUGACAAGGCUCAGGAUAUAUUUAACCGAAUGAACAGUGAUGCCUUUAUUGGUGUUAAUGCUCGAUCAUGUAACACCAUCUUAAGUGGAUACCUUUCAUCAGGAAAUCACAUGAAAGCUGAGAAGAUCUACGAUUUUAUGUGUCUAAAAAAGUAUGAAAUUGAAUCCCCAUUAAUGGAAAAGCUUGAUUAUAUCCUUAGCUUGAAAAGGAAAGUUGUUAAAAGACCAAUAAACCUGAAGUUGAGCAAAGAGCAGAGAGAAAUCUUGAUUGGGUUGCUUUUAGGUGGUUUGCGGAUUGAUUCUGAUGAUCCAAGGAGGAAUCACAUUAUUCGCUUUGAUUUUGAUGGCAAUUCAAACAGUCAUUAUGUCCUCAAGAGUCAUAUAUAUCGCCAGUUUUAUGAGUGGCUGCAUCCUUCUUGUAAGCCAAGUGAUGACAGUGAGAAUGUACCAGAUAAGUUUUGUACCAUUGUAAGCUCUCAUUUUGGCUUUUAUGCAGAUCAGUUUUGGGCAAAUGGUGAACCUACCAUUCCAAAACUAAUCCAUAGGUGGAUGUCACCAUGUGUUCUGGCAUACUGGUACAUGUAUGGUGGGCAUCGAAAUUCAUCAGGGGAUAUAUUUCUGAAAAUCAAGGGAAGCCAGGAAGGUGUAGAGAACAUUGUCAAAAAGUUUAAAGCCAUGUCCAUGGAUUGUAAAGUCAAGAGAAAAGGAAGGGUAUUUUGGAUUGGUAUUUUGGGAAGCCAUUCAACCUGGUUCUGGAAAUUGGUUGAGCCAUAUAUGAUUGAAGAUAGAGAUUUUCCUGAAGUAGGUGAUGAAACGGAGAAACAUUAUGCAAUGGCAGCUGAAGAAAUUAAAUUCAAUAGUGAUUCAGGUGAAUAAAAAAAUGAUGAUACUACAUCGUCGUGUUUUGGCGAAGGUUUUUAAGGAGCUUUCCUUCAACCAAUUUUUUAUAUCGAAGUCAUGAUUGCUAGGGUUGCAAAAUGAAGGCUUUCAUGAAUAUUUUGGUAUUUAUUCUUUGUAAUAUUGUAGUUAGGGGUGGGCAAAUCAAACUAAACUGCACUGCACUACUAAAAACUGUAUUGAACUAAAAACUAGUUCAGAAAAACUAAACUACACUAAAAAAUAGUUCAGAAAAACUGAAUUGAAUUA